AUGACGGCGGUUAAGGUACUUUUUUCGGGGGCUGUUGAAGCUGACCUUCCUGGAUUGUUUAAGAAAGUUGAAACUGCGAACAAGAAGAAUGGUCCUUUCGAGGCGCUCCUCUGUACCGGGCAGUUUUUCGGCGCGGGCAGUUCAGCAAUCCUCACGGCUUUGCCCGCUUCCAAAGCACCUCUGAAGUAUUUGGGCCGCUCAGGCGUGACCAACAUCAAGGGCCUCAAUGUGGCUUUCCUGGACGGGGUCUACAACCACCCCGUGUAUACCGGUAAGGUGCAGCCGUCCGCGGACACCGCCUCGUGCCCGUACUACACGCCGGAUGACGUGGCACUACUCAAGGCCCAGCUUCAGGCCCUCGAAGGGGAGGUCGACGUGUUGCUCACUUGCGAGUGGCCGCGGGGCCUUACCACCGGCAUCCAGGGACCCUUGCCGGAAGGCUACCGUCCGGGGAACUCCGGCUCCAAUGUGGUUUCGGAGCUAGUGGCGCUGGCUCGCCCCCGCUACCACAUCGCCGGAGGUGAGGCGCUCCACUACGCGCGGCCGCCCUUCUCCCACCGUGACCUGGGUGCCGGCGUCCGCGUGACUCGCUUUGUGGGUCUGGCCCCAAUGGGCCACCCCGCCAAGGCCAAGUCGCUUCACGCGCUUGGCCUGGUGCCGGCGGCCGCCAUGGAGCCGGAGGCGCUGUGUGUGGUACCUGAGGGCUGCACGACCUCGCCCUUUGAGCUGCGGCAGGCUAAGCGGGAGCAGGAGGAGAUGAAUGCGGGCGGUGAGUUCAGCCGGUGGCAGCAGCCCGGUGGCGGCUCAGCGGCCAAGCGGCAGCGGCGCGAGGCAGCCAACACGCCGCAGCCCAUCGCCGGCCGCCCGGACGUACCUAGGGACCCCUGGAAGACGGUGGUGGUCAAGAAUGUGCCCUGGGCAGCGGGCGAGGAAGAGAUCGCAGGGUUCUUUGCGCAGGCGGGACAGGUUGUCAACGUGUGGCGGGGCACCAAUAACCGUGACGGCCGGGUCCAGGCCUUCACACACGUGCAGUUCGAGACCCGUGAGGGGGCGGAGCGGGCGCUGCAGCUGCACAACUGCGACUUCAACGGCCGACAGGUGUUCGUGGAGCCCUCCACAGCGGGCACCGCGGGCUCAGGCCGACGCGGUCCGGGGGCUGCGGCGGGCGGUAGCGGUGACGGCGGUGGUGGUGGUGAGGGCAAGCCGGUGGAAGGCUGUUGGUUCUGUCUGGGCUCAGCAUCCGCAGACACGGAAUUGGUGGCUAGUGUGGGGGAGGAGGUGUAUCUGGCGGUCGACAAGGGCCCCAUCACUCCGGAGCACGUGCUCAUAGUGCCCAUUGACCACAUGUCGGCAUCCGUAGGACUGUCACCUCAGUGCUUCGCGGAGAUGGAGAGGUAUCUCUCCGCUCUGCGCUCCAUGUACGCUUCCCUGGGUCGGGAGCUGGUGGCCUUCGAGCGCCACCUCUCGCUAAGGAACAAGGGGGGAAACCACUGUCACAUCAACGUGCUAGGGGUGACGCCUGCGGCAGGCAGGCGCGCAGGAGAGGCCUUCAAUGCCGCUGCCGCUGCAGCUGGCUACAAGCUGGAGCUGCUGCCCCCACCGACCCGUGGGUCGGGACCCGAUGAUCUGCGGCGACAGCUCCACCAGGCGGUUGGCGGCCCGGACUCGGAGUACUUCAUGGCGGUGCUACCGGAUGGCUGCCGGUUGGUGCGGCCGCUGAUGCGAGGCGAGCGGUGGCCCAUGGCUCUGGGCCGCGAGGUGCUUGCUGAUCUGGCCGGGGUUCCGGAGCGGGCUUCCUGGAAGCAAUGCUCGUCCAGUCCCGAGGAGGAGCGCCAGCGGGUGGAGAGGUUCAAGCAGCUGUUUAAACCGUACGACGUCAUGCAGCAGGGUGACGUUGAUGGCAAUGGCGCGGCGGCUGGGCCGCAAGGGCAAUAG